AUGGUAGAAAUUAUCAGUAAAAUCAACAGAGCAUUAAGAAAAAUGACUCAUGAGAUGGGAAGAGAGCCUACGUUAGAGGAAUUAAGUGUAGAACUGACAAUGCCACUGGAAAGAAUACGCAAAGUUAUGAAAAUAGCAAGGGACCCAUUAAGUCUUGAAGCUUCAACAGGAAAGGAUGAUAGUAGUACCUUCGGUGAUUGUAUAGAAGAUAAGAGAGUCUCCAGACCAGAGGAUGCUGCAAUACUUGCUGACUUGCGUGGCAUUACAACCAAUGUUCUUGCAACUUUAACACCAAAGGAAGAAAGAAUUCUAAGAAUGAGUUUUGGCCUUGAUAAAGAUGGGCAGGAGCAUACGUUAGAAGAAGUAGGAAAUUUUUUUAAUGUAACACGUGAGAGAAUUAGGCAAAUAGAGGCAAAAGCACUGCGCAAGUUGAAGCAUCCAAGCCGCGCUAGAAAACUUAGAGGCUUCUUUUAA